UGGUUCCACUAGCGCUCCUCUCCCGCGCGGGCUGUCUUCUGCCUCCCGGUGAGGCUCUGGGUUGGUGCGCUGCCUCCGUCGCGAGUGACGCUGCUUUCCAACAAACCAGCGCCGGAUCGCUGCCCGCCUGCUGGGGAGCAGCGCAGGCGUGGGUGUGUCGGCGGAGGAGGCGGAGAAAACAAUAGAGCGGAGGCUUUGAGAGAGGCACUUCUGCGGGGCGGAGAGGCUCUUUUUUUCCCCGCGUGUAACGCGGGACAAAGCCCGGACAGCUCGCUUCGGCCACUCCCCCGCCCCAUCGACCAGCCCUCCUCUCCCAGCCGAGGAUGGAGCGCGGUUGCUGAGCGCAGGCGGGAGCAAGGAGCCAGGGUGCCGCUUCCCGUGGGCUGAGAAGCGCCGCGGCGGAGGCAACAGAUAACGACUUGGGCGGCUCGGCUCGGCUCUCCCCGGCGUCCGCGGUUCGGAGGUUGGCGGCGGCGGCGGCGACGGCGGUAACUGCAGCAGGAGACAAAAGGCGUGCGGGGGACGAGGCGCCGGUCUCUCGCUCUUUCGCCGGGCAGCGAUGGCACAGAGGAGCCGGCCGGUGACGCCGCUGCUCGUGCAGCCGCCGGCGCCGGCGCCGCGGCUUUCGGGUACCCUCUGAGCCGAGGUUGUCACUAGCAACGGGAGUCGCGGCUCUGUUCCUGACGGUAACGGCCAGAGGAGGCUUCGGCGAUCAUGGGCAGAUGCAACGGACGCUGCACGCUGAUCGGCUUCUGCUCCUUGCAACUGGUUGCAGCCCUGGAGAGACAGAUAUUUGACUUCCUGGGUUAUCAGUGGUUGCCGAUCCUGGCCAAUUUUUUACACAUUAUGGCCGUCAUUCUGGGUGUCUUUGGCACCCUUCAGUACAGAUCCAGAUACCUCAUGCUGUAUGCUGUGUGGCUCAUAGUCUGGGUUGGCUGGAAUGCAUUCAUCAUCUGUUUCUACCUGGAAGUUGGACACCUUUCACAGGAUCGAGACUUCAUCAUGACCUUUAACACAUCACUGCAUCGCUCAUGGUGGAUGGAGAAUGGUCCUGGUUGCCUGGUGACCCCAGUGAUCAACUCCAACCUAGCCUUAGAAGACCAUCAUGUCAUCACAGUAACUGGAUGUUUGCUUGAUUAUCAAUAUAUUGAGGUGGUGAGCAGCGCAAUGCAGAUAUUCCUUGCGCUAUUCGGAUUUGUUUAUGCCUGCUAUGUCAGCAAAAUGUUUAUGGAGGAGGAAGACAGCUUUGAUUUCAUUGGAGGGUUUGAUUCAUAUGGCUACCAAGCACCCCAAAAGAUGUCACACCUGCAGCUACAGCCUUUGUACACCUCUGGAUAAUUGCUUCUUUGCCUACCUACAGUGAACAAGCCUUUAGGGAUGUUUGCAAACAACAAUAACAACAACGCCAAGCCACCAAGAUAAAUGGAGUAGGGCAAAGCAUUUUCAAGGCCGUUGUCAGUUCUGCUGGAGAUUUGGUGUUCCUGGAGAGACAACUACAAUGACUCCAUCUUGUCCUCCUCAUCCGUUAAUGCGUUUCAUUUGGUAGCUAAGCAAGAAUCAUGAACCCAUUGGGGAAACUUUGACCAACACUGUUUCUCCAGAUCUAAGUUUCUGCUUAAAAAGACCUCAGAGCCAAAACAAGCUUAGAACUCCACCUACUGGCCAGAUUAUGUACUGUCAAUGGCCAGUCCUCCAGGGAUCUUACUGCUUAUUUCUAAGCAAGAUUCUUUUUUUUCUGAUUUUUCUUUCUUUUCUUGGUUUUUCUAAAAAAAAAAAAAAAAUAGUUCUGGGACACUUCUUGUCUGAGCAAAUGACUUUUAGUGUGCUAAUCUGUAGGCUGCAAUAUUUUGCAAUAACGAAAAGGAGUAAAGGAAUAAAAUCAAUGGAAAAUGAAAUAAAAGGUGGGUAAUGGAAAGGAAGGCUGACUAGGGUCUUAAAUCUGUAACAUGUGGUCCUUUAGUGAAUAUUUUUCUAAGCUGCUUCAUCUAGGGAUCACAUGGUUGCCUCCAAAUUGUCUUCAGAAGCAUUCCAUUUCUGAUGUAUACCCAGAAUUUUCUCUUCCAACUCAGCUUUCAGGUGAAGAGGAAGGGAGAGAAAAGGCAAAGAGAGACAAAAGCGAGGAAAAAAGUGGGGGUCACCACUCAUUUGUGGCUGAUAAUGUGGGUUUUAGGAGGAACCCCUGAAAAAUCUAAUCAAAAUGAACAUCUGUUAAAGAACAUCAGUUAAAUAGAUCUGUAGGCAGAAAUUGUUCCUUUUAUCAAAAAGAUAAAACCAAAUGGAUGUCUAUUUGGGCCAGCACGUUUUAUUUUUCUUCAGAUGACACCAACUCUUUUCCACGAAAAGUGUGAGAUGAAUAACUUCUCAAUUCUGGAGGUGGAAAAUAAUGUUCUUAGGAAGGGGAGGUAUGAUGGCUGAAGAUGGGGGUAUAAACUGUUUUUUUGUAUCUCUUUGGUAUUUCUUUUGUAAAGGAGCUCAAGUCUCUCCUACACCCUUCUGUGUAGCCCCCUGUUUGUUGAAGGCCAUGAGCUCAGUGAUGACAAGCAGGCAACCUUGUUCAGUCCUCUGGCUCUUAUCAAAAGAGCUCCCACAGCAUUUUGUAAGAUUUCAAGGAUUGUCCUAAGACAACUUUAAGACUCCAGAAUUCCUCAGCCAGCCAGCUAAUGAUGCAGCUGUGGUCUGGCUUCUGAUUUGUGCAAAAAGCAAACCCAAAGCCACACCGGUGAUG